AUGUUGGCCUUCAAGUCUCUCGCGCUUUUAUCUGCGCUGCCAUGUAUUGUGUUGGGUGGGAAAAUCCACCAGGGAUCGCAGAACUUCACCCUGUAUGGAUACAGUCCUCAGUUCGGUGGGAAUCCUUUGGUCUUUAUGGAUGGGUAUGCAUAUCUUGCGGAUGUAGAUGGGCUCAACGUUACCGACUCUGCAGUCGUGCGAUUCACACCUGGUUCCAAAAAUGAGUGGCUCGCUUCACCAAACGCAACUACAGCAGGGGGGUCAUCAUGGUUGAACACAACAUUUUCUGUUCCAGCAGCCCAAACCUCCAACCGCCGUGUGGGCUUCAUCAGUGGUAACUCAACGUCUGGGAAUAGGAUCACAUCUGGCUUUCGGCUCUUUGGCUCAUUGGCGACACUUGUUACAUCUGACGGGGAGCUAGAGUCUUUGUGGACUGGGCUUGAUGUUGGACAGCAUCUGUAUGCGUUAUACUGGAACGAUACGAGCCUGGGUCAAUUCCCGAUUACUUUGACCACCGUUGCCCCUUCUAAUUUAUCGGGCUAG